AUGCCCGGGCCAUCACAAGGUACCAAGAAGUCGGUGACGUUCAAGAUUCUGCAAGUCAAACUUAAAGGCCUGCAGGAUAUUUUCGACAAUAUUUUCAAGUUCGUGGAAUCGCUGCAUUCAGCUACUGUGUCUGCCAGUGAUGUGAAAGUGCGUUUAGAAAGAAUUGAUGAAUCAUGGGAAAAUGUAAAUAGUGCCAUUAUGGAGUUGGAGGUUCAUGACGACUAUGAUGCUGCCGAGUACGACUACGCCCAGGAUCGAGCAACGUUUGCUGACCGCUACUACACCGCGAAGGCCAGGUUGAUGGAUAAGGCGAGACAGUUGGAAGACGGAAUUUUUCUGAACUCUACGAUUGUUGGAUUGGAAACUUCGCAGCACCCUACCGUGGAGCAUGUUCGUUUGCCGCAGAUCAAGUUGCAGACUUUCGAUGGGAAUGUCGACGAAUGGCUGAGCUUCCGUGAUUUGUACACCUCGCUGAUACACUGCAAACCUGAUCUACCUGAAAUCGAAAAAUUCCACUACUUAAAGGGAUGUUUGGCAGGUGAAGCAAAGGCUUUAGUCGACCCCUUUCCUAUCACCAGGGCCAACUAUCAAAUUGCGUGGGACACGAUGACAAAACACUAUAACGAUAGUAAGCUGCUUCGACGUCGACAGGUGCAAACUCUUUUCAAUCUACCAACCCCCCUUGCGAAGGAAUCUGGAGCGGAGCUGCAAUCAUUGCUAGAGAGCUUUGAAAGAGCAGUGAAUACACUCGACCAACUGGUAACGCGAGUCGAUUAUAGGGACUUACUUCUUCUGUACAUCUUGAGUUCACGAUUAGAUGCAACAACACGCCGAGGCUGGGAGGAGCAGUCGUCGUCCAAGGAAAAGGAUACACUUAAGGAUCUGACGGAGUUUAUCCAAAGGCGCGUUCGAGUUUUGGGUUCACUUCCGGUCAAGCCGGAAUCGAAGGCUGAUUUCCCGCAGUCGUCAAGGAGACGACAAGUACCAACCAAGAUAAACUUCAACUCUUCUCAAUCACAUCAGUCAGGGGGACGAUGUGCUGCAUGCUCGGGUACACAUAUGCUUCACGAAUGCGCUACAUUCAGGAAAAUGUCGAUAGCUUCCAGGGACAAGCUAGUUCGGAACAACUCGUUGUGCAGGAACUGUCUUAGGCACGGACAUUUGGCUGCGGAUUGUACUUCACGUUUUCUCUGUCGAGGCUGCAAGGGCAAGCACCACACCAUGGUUUGUUAUCGAUCGGAAUCCAACGCUGAGAGCAAGGGCUCUAAUUCACAAGGCGGAAAUCCAAAUGGGUCUGGAGAAGGUACUAGAAUCAGGGAGACUACAUCGGCUAAUCUUUCGGGGCAUCGCACAUCUUCCGUUCUACUUGCUACAGCGGUCGUUCUAGUGGAGGACGACAACGGCGUUUCCCAUCCAGCGCGGGCACUGCUGGAUUCGGGAUCAGAAUCGAACUUCGUAUCGGAAAGCCUCAUACAGCUGUUACAGGUUCAGCGCAGGCAGGCAGACGUCUCAGUUCAAGGCAUUGGGCAAGCAGUAGCAAGAGUGAAGCACAAGGCCAAUCUUCUCGUCAAAUCGAGGAUUUCGAACUCUCGAUACAGGAUGGAUUUCUUGGUGCUUCCAACAGUCACAGCGGAUUUACCAACUUCGAGCGUUGACGUUAAUGGAUGGAAAUUGCCAGACGUCGAGCUAGCCGAUCCAGCAUUCUUCGAAACCAGGUCGGUCGACAUGGUGCUUGGAAUUGAACACUUCUUCUCAUUCUUCAAGGCCGGAAAAAGGAUACAAUUGGGAAAUGGACUUCCCACAUUCACCGAGACGGUAUUUGGUUGGAUUGCGACAGGCGCCGUCAACAUGUACGAUCAAGCGACGAGGAUUUCUUGUAAUGUGGUAGCAACGGGUGGUCUGGAGCAGUUGAUGGCACAGUUUUGGGCUUGCGAUGAAAUAGAAUCGGCAGUGAUUUAUUCUCCGGAAGAGUAA